CAUUAGCAAAAGCCCAGCAAUUGUUACUUGAUCAAAAUGAAAGAGAUUACCUUCUCAGCCAAGUUAAUUCAGCAAAAGAGGAGCUUAGAGCGAAGAGGAAGAAGCAAUUGAAGAAAGAUACUGCUUCAAAAAUUAAGUCUUUGGUAGAAGAGGGAAAAUAUGAUCAUCAAUAUGAACAAUCAGAGGAAUUCCAGCAGGAGCUUAAACUCAAGGUCCGUGAGCUAUUAACAGAACAAGAAUGGAGGAGAAGAAAAAUGCAAAUGAGGAUAUCAGAGGAGGAAGGCAGACUAAAACGGGAAGAAGAGGAACAGAAGGAGAUGUGGAAAAGAAAGCGUGAACAUGAGGAGCAGUGGGAAGGAACCAGGGAACAGAGGGUAUCCAGUUGGAGAGAUUUUAUGAAGGCCGGAAAGAAGGGUAAGAAAGGAGAGAUUCGCCCUCCAAAACUUAAGACUGAAGAUCCCAACAAAUCCUACGUUCAGAGGCCUGUGAAGCGCGGUUAGGCUCGUCAACUGUGUUCAAGAAUUUCAUAGGCAAUCCGAAUUGCUGGUAUUUAGAAGUUCAGGAGAAGUCGUCCAUGUAGGCAAUCCCUUGUAUCAAAAUCAAACUUGCAUAAAUGUUUGUUGUGGCGAUGAGAGGCAUCUUGAGCGUUGACCUCCUUAUCCGAGUGAAAAUAGCUACACCUAGCUGGCAACAUCAAUAUAUAUUGUUAAUGUCGAUGCUAGAGAGACAUCGGGACUUUGGUGCAUGGAAAAUAUCGCUGUUUGAUUGGA